UCCGGCACUUCCUCAAAUUCACUCGGGAAAAUCGUCUUCAAGGGUCUAAAUGUGUGAGAAACUCGUAAACCGGUCUGUUGGUAUGACGAACUCGAAUCGGUGGCUCGGUUAUUUCCCCGUCGUUUGCGAACCGGCAGUGAGCACGCCACCACAAGGCGGCUGGCUGGCUCGUGUUCACAUCCCUCAGAACGGGGAUAUUUGCACUCUUCGAAGAACCGAUUCCCUACCGCAACUACAUGGAUUCCCAAGAAAAAGAGACUGUAUCCUCUGCUUAAGGCUGGUGGCAGUAACCGUCGAGUGGGUGGGCCGACGAAAGCUGCAAAGACGCUCUCGCAGCACAGCAGGUGGGCGGCCUUGCUGUACUGUACGUACACGCCGGCUGAGGGCGCCCGGCCGUCAUCCCGCUUGUUGGUGCCGCCCCUUACCCCAAAGUGGUUCCACGAUAAUAGCGGUUGUUCGACGAAAGUGGGGGGGUGGAAACAGAAUGAGCGGCUAAAAACGGUCGGCGCAGCCGUCAAUCGCAAAGAACCUGGGUGACAGUUUGCUUUUCUGUGUGUGGCUCUGAGUUUUUCAUCCUUUCUCACAUUCUGUCUCGUCCACCAUUGUGUCUCUACACUUGCUGUUUGCAUGUUGCGGGUGUAAGAGUUCAUCUAGUAAGGCGUUCCCCCCCAUUUCUUCGAGUCCAGUUGCAGUUGGUCGAAACUCUCUAGUUUCUUCGCAGAAUCACCGCUGCACUUGCUGACUUUUCUUGCAGCAGCGACCGACACCAUAUUUUUCGAGUUCUUUAACUUUGCCGCAAUGUUCUGGUCUGCAUUUCUCCAGUGUGACCCGAACUCGACUUUCUUCGGGUUCAUGGGUAUCACGGCGGCCAUGGUUUUCUCCAACUUGGGAGCAGCCUAUGGUACGGCCAAGAGUGGUGUUGGAAUCAGCAGCAUGGGUGUCAUGCGUCCGGAUCUGGUAAUGAGGUCUAUCAUUCCAGUCGUUAUGGCUGGUAUCUUGGGUAUCUACGGCCUCAUUAUCUCCAUCGUCAUCAACGGCUCAAUGGACACCCCUGACACCUACUCGAGCUAUGCCGGCUAUGGCCACCUCGCAGCAGGACUGACUGUCGGUCUCAGUGCAAUGGCGGCUGGACUCGCGAUCGGCAUCGUUGGUGAUGCUGGUGUUCGCGCUAACGCGCAGCAGCCUAAGCUUUUGCGGCAUGAUGCUUAUCCUCAUUUUCGCCGAGGCUCUUGGACUUUACGGUCUUAUCAUUGGACUUGUCGUCGCUACUAAGAAGGUGGACGGCUUGUGCUCGAGCUACAAGGCAUAAAUCUCUAAGUUGUGGAUUCGCUUGUAUUUCUUCUUCCUCUAGUCCUUGUGGUCGCGGCGCUCGCUAAUCAUGUCCGUUGCCCAAAAGCUCAACCUCUACCCUGCAGCCGUUCAGCUUUCCUACAAGCCAAAGAUGUGUCCACGGCUAGUCCGUAGACGGGAGUUUCUCCGGGACUUCGCAGAGCCACAACGGACCACCACGCGUCUCCUAAUUUGUUCUCCCAUCUGGCAAGGUUUCUGCUCUCCAGUUCCCUAAUUUUCUGGUGAUUGUUUUGUUGGGAGCGGGAUAGUAGGCUUAUGUGGUCCAAUCCGUCUUACUGAAAAGCCUUGUAUUUCUGGCUCUCGGACUUAAUGAAAAUAACAGCUCCAUUGUGGAAAACAAGAGAACAAUCGAGCAAAGAGUUCGAUUACGUGUAGAGGCACGUGUCCUCCUCCGCAAAGAAAACAAACCGAUGCAGUUACUUCUCUUCACUAUAGACAAGGAGAAAAAAUAUGUUUUUUCCGUAAAAUGCGAAGCAGUCGGUCGCCUGCCGGAAAUCCCAACAAGAGUUGUGGGUUUCGUAUAGGCACGCUGUACUUUUGACGUUGAAAUGUGCUUCUGGCCUAGUAAUUCUGGUUGUCAGCUGUCUCCACUCUACGUUCAUAGCGCUUUUCUCGUGUUGCCGGACAAGCUCUUCAUGUGUUAACUCCCAUUCCAGUAACAAAAACGAAUAGUCAGGAUGAUGAGCUUAUUCAAAGAGGGAGCGUCAAGUUGCCACGGAUAUCAGUGUUGUUGCGAAAGAAUGACGUCGAAGGGCAAUGGAUGGUAGAUUUCUACCGUGAGGUGAUUCUGUGGCGCCCUGUGAAUGAACUGGUUUCGCAAGGGCAAGCGUGUC